UCCCGCCCGGUCUGCGCUGCCUGCGCCGCCUGCGCCCAACAACUUAGUCCCUCAUUAAGCCCCCCCAAAUACAGCCAGUGUUACAAAUAGUCCCUUUUCCACAUGAGGCAUGGCGGGUAUAUUCGGAAAGAUUUUAAUCGGCAUUUACGUGGAAAUCAAGCGAAGCGACGGGCGAAUACACCAAGCCAUGGUCACGUCGCUUAAUGAGGACAAUGAAAGUGUCACUGUGGAGUGGAUAGAAAAUGGAGACACAAAAGGCAAAGAGAUUGACUUGGAGAGCAUUUUUGCACUAAAUCCAGAUCUUGCACCAGAGGAAGAGAUUGCACAAAGUCCAGAAACUCCUCCUCCUGCCUUGUCAAGUUCUGUAAAAGUUAACAAGAUCCCCACCAAUAAGAAUCGUCGGACAAUAGCGCCACCUAAGAAUGAAACACCAGCAAGGGAUAACAGAGUUGUAGGUACUACAAGAGCAAGGCCCAGCCAGCAGACAGAACAGGCUCCAGCCGCUCCAGCCCCUCCUCCCAUCCAGCACCAGACCCUGCAACAGCAGCAGAAUGCUCGCAGGAAGUCAAACUGUGUGAAGGAGGUGGAGAAACUGCAGGAGAAGCGAGAGAGGAGGCGCCUGCAGCAACAGGAACUGAGGGAGAAGAGAGCGCAGGAUGUCGAUGCCACAACCCCUAAUUAUGAAAUUAUGUGCAUGAUCCGGGACUUCAGAGCAAGUCUUGACUACAGGCCACUGACAACUGCUGAUCUGAUUGAGGAGCACAGAAUAUGUGUAUGUGUGAGGGCACGGCCACUGAACAAGAAAGAACUGUCCAUGAAGGACUUGGAUGUCAUUACCAUCCCUAGUAAAGACGUGGUCAUGGUCCAUGAACCCAAACAAAAAGUGGACUUAACAAGAUACCUAGAAAACCAGACAUUUCGCUUUGAUUAUGCUUUUGAUGAUACAACCACAAACGAAAUGGUUUACAGGUUUACGGCCCGGCCUCUUGUAGAGACCAUAUUUGAGAGAGGAAUGGCUACAUGCUUUGCUUAUGGACAAACGGGAAGCGGCAAAACUCAUACAAUGGGUGGGGAUUUUUCAGGCAAAAACCAGGACUGCUCCAAAGGGAUCUAUGCUUUGGCAGCACGAGACGUUUUUCUAAUGCUGAAGAAACCAAACUAUAAGAAGUUAGACCUCCAAGUGUAUGCUACCUUCUUUGAAAUUUACAGUGGGAAGGUUUUUGACCUUCUCAACAGAAAGGCGAAGCUGCGAGUUCUGGAGGAUGGUAAGCAGCAGGUGCAGGUUGUAGGACUACAGGAGCGUGAGGUCAAAUGCACUGAGGAUGUCCUUAAGCUCAUAGAAGUUGGAAACAGCUGCAGAACAUCUGGUCAGACCUCAGCCAAUGCUCACUCCUCACGUAGCCACGCAGUGUUCCAGAUCAUUCUACGGAGGAGAGGCAAAAUGCAUGGCAAGUUCUCCCUGAUUGACCUCGCGGGCAACGAGAGAGGGGCAGACACGUCCAGCGCUGACCGCCAGACUCGCCUCGAGGGGGCUGAGAUCAAUAAGAGUUUACUGGCUCUGAAGGAGUGCAUCAGAGCAUUGGGUCGCAAUAAGCCUCACACUCCCUUCAGAGCUAGUAAGCUUACCCAAGUUCUGCGAGACUCCUUCAUUGGAGAGAACUCCAGAACAUGCAUGAUUGCUACUAUCUCUCCUGGCAUGGCUUCCUGUGAGAACACAUUGAAUACGUUGAGAUAUGCCAACAGGGUGAAGGAGUUUGGGAUAAGCCCCUCAGACAUCCCCUUCUCUCAGGGGGGCAGUGGCCGCUCCGAACUUUCUCCCACCUACGAGUACGAUGACUUUGCUUCCUCACCCAGCAGGGUGAAGGAGCUGACCGUUGACCCCAGUGCGGUGAUGGAGGGCCGGACAGGAGGCCACCAAAUGACUCAGCUAGAUGUAUUGGAGGCGCAAUGGGGAGUGGGAAGCUCUCCUCAGAGAGAUGACCUCAAACUGCUCUGUGAACAGAAUGAGGAGGAGGUUUCGCCUCAGCUCUUUACCUUCCAUGAAGCUGUAUCUCAGCUGGUGGAGAUGGAGGAGCAGGUUCUGGAAGACCACAGAGCUGUGUUUCAGGAGUCUAUACGCUGGCUUGAAGAUGAGAAAGUUCUUAUAGAGAUGACCGAGGAGGUGGACUACGAUGUGGAUUCGUACGCAACACAGCUCGAGCAAAUUUUGGAUCAAAAGAUUGAUGUUUUAACGGAGCUUAGAGAUAAAGUGAAGGCAUUCAGAUCUGCUCUUCAGGAGGAGGAACAAGCAAGUAAGCAGAUCAACCCCAAGCGGCCACGAGCCCUCUAAAGCUCCCCCCCAAUCCUCCUUGAUGCCCUCUAACCUCUCAACACUGUUCCCUCAGUACUGCUUCAACAUCCAGCCGCUACAAGAGAAAUCUACAGUUUUUUAGCUUCACCCUCAACUCCAUCUCCAUGAGUAACUUUACAAUUGGUGUUGUGUCAAUUCUUUUUCAUUUCCAGGAGGGUUAAUAAGCACAUUUUGAAGCCUAAUUGUAUAGUAUUAGAAUUAAUUUCGGUUCACACUAAA